UUUCAAAAAUGGCUUCAAAUAAUUUUUCGAGCAAUUUCACUUCUGAACAAACAUCUGAGAAAACAGGAAAACCCGAGCAAUUUAAAAGAAAUAUCAAGUUUAAUGAAAGAGAAGCAGCCUCAACAACUAGUACCUACAACAAUCCGACCUCCUAUUCUACGACGAAAUAAUUCUCUCAGCUCGUUGUUAACUAGUGAGAACCGCCAGCAAUCGAAUAGUCUGAAAAAUCAAUCAAAGAAUAAUGGACAAAAUUUUAAGAAUUAUGAUUCUUCGUCAAUUUGUGAUGCGGGUUCAACUUCAACUAGCCAUCCAAUUAUUCGUCGUAAUUCUUCUUCCUAUUUCCAGUUUGCCGAUGAAUUGACAGCUUCCCGUACCAAUAAGGGACAUAAUAAACAAUUUUCUUUAAAUCAACAAUACAACAUACCUUCUGAUAUGGUUUAUUUUAAAAUUUAUUCAUUACCUUUUUUAAAGUUGUUUUUGAAUUAUGAAAAUACUACAAGAGGUAAAGAAAUAAAGUUUGGUAAUCAAAAGAAAGAAAUCCUUGUUGUUGAACCUUGUGUAUGCAAAACACAGAAUUGCCUUUUAUAUGAAUAUUUAAACAAAUCAAUUGCUAAAAAUGAACAUUCACACAAGUCUAACUCAAAAAAAUUUCGUUGGAUAAGCGAGCCUCGAUCUUCAAAAUCUGAUUCUGAUGUAAACAAGAUUGAGGUAUUGUUUUCAUUUAUAUUUAACAGUUUUUAA